UGUCAUUUGCAUCAAUGCAGGUGUAUUUGGUGCCGAUGAAAUGAAGACUGUGACUGAGGGAGAUCAUUUGACUCUACAGACUGGUUUUAGUGAAAUACGGAGCGAUGACCGGAUAGUAUGGCUGUAUGGAUCUGACAUGAUAGCUAGAAUUGAAAAAGCAGGUGGAGUAUUCAACACAUAUGAUGUUGAUGAUGGGAGAUUCAGUGGAAAACUGGAGCUGGACAAACAGACCGGAUCUCUCAUCAUCAAAGACAUCAGAAUCAAAAAUGCUGGAGAAUAUCAACUAGUGAACAAAGGGGUCACAGCUGGCAAAUUCAUGGUUACAGUCUAUGCUCGUCUGCCCACACCUGCCAUUGGUUUCUCAGAUUGUCCUCAGACACCAGCAGGAUCAUCAAGCAAAAUAUGUGCGGUCCAGUGUUCUGUGCAAACUGUGGGACUGGUGACUCUCUCCUGGUACAAAGGAAACAAUUUAGUCUCCAGUAGAAUCUCUGACACUUGUAGCAGCACCUCUCUGCGUUUAGAGGUGGAUUAUGAUGAUAAAAACACCUAUAGCUGCAUGGUGAACAAUCCCAUCAGCAACCAGGCCACACAUCUGGACAUCACUCAAGUCUGUCACACAUGUGAAGUCCGCAGGGACAUUAGUUGUGGCACUGCUGAAGCUGUGAUCCGAUUGGUCGUCUCUGCUCUGAUGGGUGUGGCUGCUGCUGCUGCUGUGGUUGUUCUCAUUUAUGACAUCAGAUCCAGAAAAGUUGAACACAGGAGGAGAGAACACCUUCACUCUCUGCCUUUUUAAGUUUUUUUAUGUUUUUUCUUUUUCUUUGUACUGUUUGCUAAAGAGAUGAUAGAAAAUUCUACCCCAUGUAAGAACCACAGUCUAUAUUUAAUUUUCUGUGAUGUAUUAAAAACAUGUUGCUAAAAUUAAAUGUGUGCUGGGGCCAGUGAAAAGAGCAAGACUGAUAACAAAUCUGAACUUCUGCCCUAAUGGCUUUUUGUCUAUUGUCUUUAUAAACCCUGCACAACUGUUUUGCUUUAAGUGUUGAAUUUCAGAAAAAUAAACUGAAUUUGUCUUUAAUCCAGUUGCUUUUGCAAGUCAUGUUGUAAUGUUGCAUUC